AUGUGAAUGGGCUCCGGAGCCUGAGCGCCGCGCAGGACCAGUCCAGCAGCCGUAUUAAGACAUGUGGUGUAUAUAAAGUUUGCGAUCGUUGGGGGACAUUUUGGAAUUUAGAUAAUGGGCUGUGUGCAAUGUAAGGAUAAAGAAGCAACAAAACUGACGGAGGAGCGGGAUGGCAGCCUGAACCAGAGCUCCGGCUUCCGCUAUGGCACAGACCCCACUCCUCAGCACUACCCCAGCUUCGGCGUGACCUCCAUCCCAAACUACAACAACUUCCACGCAGCCGGGGGCCAAGGACUCACCGUCUUCGGGGGCGUGAGCUCUUCGUCUCACACUGGGACCUUGCGUACGAGAGGAGGAACAGGAGUGACGCUGUUUGUGGCCCUUUAUGAUUAUGAAGCCCGGACGGAAGAUGACCUGAGUUUUCACAAAGGAGAAAAAUUUCAAAUACUGAACAGCUCGGAAGGAGACUGGUGGGAGGCCCGCUCCUUGACAACCGGAGAGACAGGUUACAUUCCCAGCAAUUACGUGGCUCCAGUUGACUCCAUCCAGGCAGAAGAGUGGUACUUUGGAAAACUCGGCCGAAAAGAUGCUGAGCGACAGCUUUUGUCCUUUGGAAACCCAAGAGGUACCUUUCUUAUCCGUGAGAGUGAAACCACCAAAGGUGCCUAUUCACUUUCCAUCCGUGACUGGGAUGAUAUGAAAGGAGACCAUGUCAAACAUUAUAAAAUUCGCAAACUUGACAACGGUGGGUAUUAUAUCACCACCCGGGCCCAGUUUGAAACACUUCAGCAGCUUGUACAGCAUUACUCAGAGAAAGCUGAUGGUUUGUGUUCUAACUUAACUGUGAUUGCAUCGAGUUAUACCCCACAAACUUCUGGAUUGGCUAAAGAUGCCUGGGAAGUUGCACGUGAUUCCCUGUUUCUGGAGAAGAAGCUGGGUCAGGGGUGUUUCGCUGAAGUGUGGCUUGGUACCUGGAACGGAAACACAAAAGUAGCCAUAAAGACUCUCAAACCAGGCACAAUGUCCCCAGAAUCAUUCCUUGAGGAGGCACAGAUCAUGAAGAAGUUGAAGCAUGACAAACUGGUCCAGCUCUAUGCCGUGGUAUCAGAGGAACCCAUCUACAUCGUCACCGAGUACAUGAAUAAAGGAAGCUUACUCGAUUUCUUAAAGGAUGGAGAAGGAAGAGCCCUGAAGUUACCAAACCUCGUGGACAUGGCAGCACAGGUUGCUGCAGGAAUGGCGUACAUCGAGCGCAUGAAUUAUAUCCACAGAGACCUUCGGUCGGCAAACAUUCUCGUGGGGAAUGGGCUCAUUUGCAAGAUCGCCGACUUUGGAUUAGCCAGAUUGAUCGAGGACAACGAGUACACAGCAAGACAAGGUGCAAAGUUCCCCAUUAAGUGGACAGCCCCCGAAGCAGCCCUGUACGGGAGGUUCACAAUCAAGUCUGACGUGUGGUCUUUUGGAAUCUUACUAACAGAGCUGGUCACCAAAGGAAGAGUUCCGUACCCAGGCAUGAACAACCGGGAGGUGCUGGAGCAGGUGGAGCGCGGCUACAGGAUGCCCUGUCCGCAGGACUGCCCCAUCUCUCUCCACGAGCUCAUGAUCCACUGCUGGAAAAAGGACCCCGAAGAGAGGCCCACGUUCGAGUACUUGCAGGGCUUCCUGGAAGACUACUUCACCGCGACAGAGCCCCAGUAUCAACCCGGUGAAAACCUGUAAGACCCGGUCUGCAGAGCGAGGCCUUGUCCCAGAGGCUUCCCCGCCCCCUCCCCAUUAGCUUUCAAUUCCGUAGCCAGCUGCUCGGAGCAGAGCGGCGAGAACCGUCCAGGAUCAGAUUGCAUGUGACUCUGAAGCUGACGAACUUCCAUGGCCCUCAUUAAUGACACUUGUCCCCAAAUCCGAACCUCCUCUGUGAAGCAUACGAGACAGAACCUUGUUAUUUCUCAGACUUUGGAAAAUGCAUUGUAUCGAUGUUAUGUAAAAGGCCAAACCUCUGUUCAGUGUAAAUAGUUAUCCAGUGCCAACGAUCCUAGUGCUUUCCUUUUUUUAAAAUGCAAAUCCUAUGUGAUUUUAACUCUGUCUUCACCUGAUUCCACUAAAAAAAAAAAAAAAAAAAAUAUUAUUUUCCAAAAGUGGCCUCUUUGUCUAAAACAAUAAAAUUUUUUUUCAUGUUUUAACAAAAACCAAUCAGGACAGGUGUUCGUUUUUUUCUUUUUUCUAAAUGUGAAUAUAUACAUUAUAUAGGUCCCUGAACAUACACCUUGUGGGUGCUAACGUGGAGACAGACCGUGGCCAUCGGGGGCCUUAAGGCUUCGGGACCCAAAGUGAAGAUUUGACUGCAAAAUCAGCAUUGAAACACUGGUGUGAUUCUGAAAACCAGUGACCUCAUUUUUUCGGCUUUUGCAAAAGCAUGACUCUUCUUUUUUGGCUUUUCAUUUGGAUUGCAUUUUUUGGGGUUGUUGACUGUACCUGUAGAUGACUGUUACUUUGACUCUUUUCAGCAGCCCCUGAGUAGAAUCACAAGGUCUGUUUCCAGUAUUUGCUUCGACUUAACUACCAUUUGUUCUUGAAACGAAAGUGAGCCUCUUUAAGCAAGCAAGCAAGCAGCCAAUACUACCAAGGGAACUGCAAGACGGAUACCACACAAACUUCUUGUAUAGAAACAUGAAUGCUGAAAUGUUUCCAACUGUUUUAAUUUAAUAAACCUUGUAACCACA